AUGUCUCAAGGUCAAAGGAGCGGGAGCGAUGCUUUCCCUAUGCAUGAAUAUGAUUUGGCUAGAAGGCCUACUCUCGAAUCACUUACUGGAAGACCGGCUUCAGCUGCAGAACGAAGAAGUAAACGACUAGAACGAAGUAGACCUGUUGGUGGCAAGACAAUGGAAGGCAUCAAAACCGUCGACUCGUCUUUGGGUGCAUCAAACAUUCGAAUUGCAAAUCGACGUCUGGUCACUACUAAUCUACUACACUGUCUGGCUCUCGACGUGAGGCUAUCAUGCUUUGAUAUGCAUGCAAAGACAGAUAGGCUGGCUACUUGUGCUGGUACCGUCACGUAUAUAUGGGAUCUACGUACUCUGGAUGUUAUAGCAAGACUAGGGAAGGGUAAUGCUAUCCACAAAGACACAAUUCGACAUUGCUGUUUCGACCCGACUGGAAACACGCUAGUCACUUGUGGAGAUGAUCGACGCAUAGCUAUUUGGAAUGUCCAGAAGCAGCGGACAGAGAGGGUCAUUGAACAUCAUUUGGGACCAGUAUAUCAAGUUGCAUUUGCAGGAUUAGACUGGGUAGUUUCGUGUUCAGAAGAUGGUACUGCUGUGAUAUGGGAUGUGCAUACCGGCAACAAGGUUCACGAUUUCAUGAAGCAUCCAUCUGCAGUACGCUGUAUUGCUAUUCAGCCGAUGCGGCCAGAGAGGAUUCUGACAGGCUCGAACGACGGGACCUCGACGGCGUGGGACGUGAAUCGACAAGAUGUCAUUGACGUUAUCAUGCCAGAUCCUAGUUGGGGAUCUGAUUUUGCAAAUCCGUCAAUAACAUGGCAAGACGACGCUACGCAUCAUAGUGGAAGCAUAAUAUGCAUGAGCAUAUCCCCAUCUUCGCUUUUACUAGCAACAGGCUCGUUGGAUCACACUUGCAAAUUGUGGGCCAUUGCUUCAUACCUUAAAUCACCAGCUGCUGUUGCAAAUGAACGACUACGUGAACGACAAGUUGCAGAUAUCAUUGGACGUGCUAUUCGAGUCGAUGAUGAAUCUAGUGACCAACAGGCUCCUCAAUUUACCGGCAAAUACAAGGACGGGGAACCCAUCAUGGAGCAAGAAAACACGGAAUUCAGAGUGGGAGAAGUCCCUCUUGCUAGUGGAUAUCAUUCAGAUUUGCUCUUUACUUAUCGACAUGAGGCACCAGUUCUGUGUGUGGCGUUCAAUCGGCAGUCAAAUAUCGUCAUUACCGGCUCAGCAGAUUCCACUUGUCGGUUAUGGUCUGCUCGUCGUGGCGAUUUACUCUUCCAAAUUAACACGCCUUCACCAGUAUCUGCAAUUCACAUUGAUGACUUCGAUCGACUGUUUUGUAUUUGCCUAAACAGGCUUAUGAUCUUCCAAUUCCACGCCAGUUCGAAAGCUGAGGCAGAGAUCGAAAAUCCCGAAAAGAACAACACCAUUCUAGUUACCGAAAGCCCACCAAGACCAAGAGCAUCGUUUAUGGUCCCAGACAUUUCUGAACCUGCAGACGUACCAACAAUUCCGAUGGAAAUGGAAAGCCAUGCACGAUACAUUUCCGACGAAGAUGAGGAGAUGGAAGACGAAAACAGUCUUGAGCCAGCUCGACUACCUCCUUCUCAUCUCGGUCCCACAAGUACUUUGUCACUAGGCUCCUCGACGCCUCAAUUAUCCCCCCAAGUCUACAAGAAGAAGAAAAUGACUUUGCCCGAUAUUCGAAGACUGGUGUCUCAUGGCAUCACAUUAAAAUCCUUUGUGGACUCACUGGUUGCCGAAAAUCAAGAAGACUUUGAUAAAGACCAGCUAGAGAAAAAUAUGAAAACGUUCGGAUUAACACCCAAAAAAUUGCUCAGAGCCCUCGUCAACCAUUCUUUCUCACCCAAAGAUCUGUUCAAAGCUUUGGCUGCAAAGCGUGGAGCUGAUAAUCUUUUUGGACUUAUUCAACAAGAGACAAGUAUUUCGAGUCAUAUGUUGCGUCUUGGAUACCAAAGUGUCGAUGAAAUGAAAAUAAUCGAAGAGGAAGACAAUGACGAGGCGCUUGCACCGCAGAGUAUGUCAGCCAGACCGUCUGCAUACGUGCCUCCACCACACGAAGUCCACUACCUCGAACCCUUUUCCGGCGGUGUUCGUGGUCAUGCAGCAGGAGCGUCACCACGCCAUUCCAGAACAAACUCAACUGAACCACCCCAACAAGACACAGUUCGAUACUCUGUGGGCCGACAAUCCGUCGCUCGUCAAUCUGUCGCACGACAGUCUGUUGCUGCCGCUCACGACGAAUACGAGCAAGACGAAGCUGAUGACUGGGAGUACGAACAUGAUGCCAUGGAUCAUGAUGCCGAAGACGAUGUUCCUUAUGAAGGGUAUUGGACCAAGCAGCCUCGUCGUGUGCGUAGAGCUGUUGGAUCCAAAGUUGAAGGAAAUAUUGUAAGAUUUAUACCGUCCGAGCAAAUCAAGUUGAUUAAAGACGUGCAAGCCCAGAGACCUAUACAGCCUGUGUUUAAGAGUAAUGUUGCAGUAGAAACAGCACCUGCAGCUGUAUUCCCCAACUUUAGGCCGGAUGCUGAUAUCAGAGAUCAGAGGCCUGCACGCGUGAGGACAGAUGCUGCUCCCUUCCAGAGACUGAAUGAAAUGACGGGCUACAAGAAAUUAGGCAUUGAAAACUUUAUCAAGGGACGACAUGGAAAAACAGCUCAACCACGAAGCUAUGGGUCGUCGACCGCGAUGCCGUUAAGAACAACAACAACAAGGAGAGACGUUCUCCUCCCCACACCACCACCAUACAAUCCCCCAGCAGCCACAGGCCGUACCAAGCAGCAACUACCAAACCAGAAAUGGGAUUCAGGAUCAGUCUUCUUCCCUGAACGGUACCUGCAAUCGACUGGCAUGAAUGUGGAAUUUGAUGGCGGCAAUAGUACUGUACGUGUUCAACCUGUGGUUAUGAGAGGCGCACCUCGAGAUGGACGUGCUCAGUUCCCGGUUGGACAGUCAUCGCAAGUUCGUGUACGAUUCAAUGAGAUUUAG